CGGAUCGUCGACAGUAUCUCGCCGCAGGGGAAGCUAUGGCCCCCUCCUCUCCCCGCCGCAACCUCGACGGCGACGGCGGCGGCGGGGGGAGCUCGAAGGAGCGGCCGAGGUCCUUCGACGAGAAGACCCGGUCGGCGUGCUGGAGGAAGGCGGCAGUGCUGCUGGGGCGGCACCCGGAGCGGUGGCGGCAGGACGCCGCCGGCAACGUCGUGUGCCGCCGCUUCUGGAGCUGCCACGGGUGCCUCUGCUACGAGUACGACCAUGUCGUCCCCUUCUCCAAAGGAGGGGAGUCUACUGUUGACAAUUGCCAGAUACUUCAGACAAGGGUUAACCGGUCCAAAUCUGAUAAAGCAUGGAUAGAGGAGGCAGAGAUGCGGGGAUUUUCUUGUGAUAUCAAGUUCACUGAUAAGGAACUUGAUGUGAUUGAGAUGGCUGUCUAUGGUGAUGUCAUCCGUCCUGGAAAGCAAUGUCGCUGCAGGAGUGUAGCUGAGAUGCUUGGGAAAGUAAAGUCAAAGAAUCAUAUGGCUGCGUGUGAGUUACCAUAUAAUGAUGCCUCUUAGCAGAAGUGAUACCCUUCUGCACAAUUACAUCUGAUUCGGCCUGUUUCUUCCGGGCAGCAAAAACCUUUGUUGACAAUUAUCCAUGCUCUAUUAUGAUAAUGAACAUAUUCGACUUUAGAGUUUCUAA